GUUAUGAUCGAGCAAAAUACUCCUCUAAACAUUCAAAUGAUGGAAGAUUUCCCUACCACAUUUGACCUUCCGUAUCACCAGCAUUUGGCAUUUUCACAGCUGCAGUACAAGAUCCCAGUACCACAGAUGGCGAAACGACCUUCUUUCGCCUCAAAUGAGAUGCCUAUGACAGUGUUAUGGUAUCCCAAGUUACUAUGUCAGUGUUGUCCAAUAAUCUUGGUAGCCAGGAAAUUGGUAAUACUAAAAAAAUCAGUUUGCAUAGCUUGUGAGAUUAUUGAGUGGAGUUAUCCUGGCCAGGGGUCCUCCAAAUCUAGCGAGGAUGCUCCUUUGUUGAAAAAUAAAAAAUCUAGAAACAAGGAAUUGGAAAAAUUGGCUGAAAAACUCAACCCACCCAACAAAACAAAUAGAAAAAGUAAACACCCCUAUAUUGAAAGUGCUCAAGAGCAAAGCUCCUCAAGAGCAAAAAGAUUAAGAAAUACGGCUACUAAUAUUAAUAAAGAAUAUGAAAAUGAAAAGGCAAAUCCUUCCCUGAUACCUGAAAAUGUAGAAGCCAAUGAUGACCUAGGACCUGAAAGCACAGAAGCCAAAACCUAG